AUGUCUAAACUACACCAAACUAGUGUCCAGUUAGAUAAAGUAGUGUUGACGCAUCUCUAUCCCACAGACAGGAAGUUGGCUUUCUCAGCCUCACUAGCAGCACCUGGUCAACACGGAAACACUGGACCCUUCAACACUGGAAUCACCCUGGUCUACAGAAAUAUCUACUCAAACAUUGGCAAUGCUUAUAACCCCACUACAGGUACACCCUAUUCAUAUCAUCAGUAUUUAUAAGUCUGUGUGAAAACAUAGUUAUUAAUAAUCAUCUGUCCUCAUAUCAUGUCUGAUGGCUGUUUCUAUGUGAAUGUUGUGUUCUGAUACAGGGAUCUUCACGGCACCAGUGAGAGGACUCUACCUGUUCAGGUUUUACAUCUAUGGAGGGGGUGAUAGUUCAGUUCCUACAACUGCAGCCUUGCAUAAGAAUGGACAUCAAAUAGCUAUUGCAUAUGCUGUCCAAGCUGGUGGUGGCAUUAGUUCCUCUAAUGGAGUGUCAGUGCUGCUGGAGGUAGGAGAUGUGGUCAACAUGCAUCUCUGGGCUGGGACGAAGAUAUAUGAUAGUACAAAUCGCCUCAGCACCUUCAGUGGUCAUCUGCUCUUCACUAUGUAAGGGGUGUGUUGUCUUUGGUCAUGUUAAUAUUAGGUAACACUUUACUUGACACCCAGAGUCAUGACACGGUCAUAACCAUGUCAAUGAGUCAUAACAUCUGACAACUUUUCAUAACCUGUUAUAAUAUGGUUGUAACACUGUCAUGACACAUAUAUAUAGGAGACCUGUUGUAACAUAUAUUACGUUAUUUUAUGGCUGGUUAUGACGCCUACAUAAGAGUGUAAAAACCCACAGAACCUACCACACAAGGCAAUACAUUCCAUUACACCAUAGCCUACGUGUCAACAGGCAACAGUGGUCCUCUGUAGCUCAAUUGGUAGAGCAUGGUGCUUGUAACCCCAGGGUAGUGUGUUCGAUCCCCGGGACCACCCAUAUGUAAAAAUGUAUGCGCACAUGACUGUAAGACGCUUUGGAUAAAAGUGUCUGCUAAAUGGCAUAUUAUUUUAUUAUAACAGUAUAUUUAUGUUAUAUAUUUUUUUAAUUGACCAUAUUCAAUUAUGAUUAUAAUUGCGCACACAUUGAUUUCAGACAUGCACCUACCCCAAUGCUCUGUUACUAAUGACUGGGAUGAAUGCAGGAGCAGAUUUCAUGAGCAGGACAAGACACCCUCUUUGUGACUGAUGACUGAUAUAAGGGCCUGUACUGUACGUGAUAGGCCUAUCUGGCUUACAGUAUAUGAUUAUGAUGGUAAUAAUGCUUCUUGACAGUGUCAUAAAGUGUAUUUUCUUAGUCCAAGUAAAGUGACACAGGAUGGUCAUAAUGCUUCUUGACAGUGUCAUAAAGUGUAUUUUCUUAGUCCAAGUAAAAUGACACAGGAUGGUCAUAAUGCUUCUUGACAGUGUCAUAAAGGUAUUUUCUUAGUCCAAGUAAAGUGACACAGGAUGGUCAUAAUGCUUCUUGACAGUGUCAUAAAGUGUAUUUUCUUAGUCCAAGUAAAAUGACACAGGAUGGUCAUAAUGCUUCUUGACAGUGUCAUAAAGUGUAUUUUCUUAGUCCAAGUAAAGUGACACAGGAUGGUCAUAAUGCUUCAUGACAGUGUCAUAAAGUGUAAUUUCUACAAGUUAUUUAAAAUAUCAUGAAAAAGAACAUGACUGUACAACAACAACAAAGUAUUGAAGAAAACAAACUUUAAAACGAAAGGAAACUUCUUGGCAGGGAAACAAAUUAUUUGAAUAGCACAAUAUAAGUCACAACAGGUGUAAAUAUAUGGGCCAUGACAGUGUUAUGACCAUAUUAUGACAGGUUAUGACAAGUUGUGUCAGCUGUUAUGACAUAUUAUGAGAAGGUUAUGACCGUGUCAUAACAUGUUCUGACACUGGGUGUGAAGUAAAGUGUUACCCAAUAUUAUACUGUAGAUACAAAUUGUGUUGAAUAAAUGCUGAUUUUCUAUCAUUUCUGUCAUGAAAUUGAUCCUACUGCACCUGGAAGACUAGUGAGCACUGUGUUGUGUAAUAAUGUACCUGGAAGACUAGUGAGCACUGUGUUGUGUAAUAAUGUACCUGGAAGACUAGUGAGCACUGUGUUGUGUAAUAAUGUACCUGGAAGACUAGUGAGCACUGUGUUGUGUAAUAAUGUACCUGGAAGACUAGUGAGCACUGUGUUGUGUAAUAAUGUACCUGGAAGACUAGUGAACACUGUGUUGUGUAAUAAACUACUUGGAAGACUAGUGAGCACUGUGUUGUGUAAUAAUGUACCUGGAAGACUAGUGAGCACUGUGUUGUGUAAUAAUGUACCUGGAAGACUAGUGAACACUGUGUUGUUUAAUAAAGCAUCAAAAGACAGGAAAGAUAAUUAAUAAUGUCAUACACAUUAUUACACACACACACAAACAUUUCUGCACACGUGAGCACUGAUACCUUCAACAAAAACAUGUAAACAUUGCCAACAUCCGUGAACACAAGACAAAGGUCUUUCAGUUGUGGCUUGAUGAUACUGGAUAUCAUGAUAUGAGUUUUGCUGAGAGAGCACAUUACUGUUUUACUUUGUUGAUGAAAAUAUUUUAUUGUAAAUGAUUAAUAUACUUCCUAACCUAAUGAUUAGAAUACUAUAUAAUGAGGUAAUAACCAAUGAGACCAAAAGGUAAAGGUAAUUAUAUUAUAAACAUGUUAUUGACAUUUAGACAUUAUUUGUUCUGUUUGCUGUGUCACAUGGUUAUUAUAGGACCACAGAAAUCAGAUAAAAGUAAUCAUGAGGUGAAUCAGUUUGAUUUACCACCUUGUUGUUAGGCUUCAUAUCUACACGUGUCUCCGUUAUCACCAGGUCAUAG